GCCCUCUACAAGGACUUGAAAAAUUGGGCUACAAUCAAAUUCGGUUCCAGUACUAUUACUGGUGGCAUUGGCAUAUAGGGUUUGUCAAGUUUUUUUUUUUUUUUUCUUUAAACCUAAAAACUGAAUCUUGUAUCUGUAGCUUAGCCAUCAAGCAGACUUUGUUGGAACCUUUACUAUCGGAAUAAAUAAUGUCAACUGAGGAAGACAAAAUCGCGCCAUCUGAAGAAAUGCAGUCUCUCUCUGUUAACUCUGCGUCUCCCUCAUCUUCUUCUCAGACUAUGAGUCCAGAGGAGAGAUUUCAAAUUGUAAGAGGCAUUGGAGAAGAGUGUAUACAAGAAGAUGAGCUCCUUAAUCUUCUUACCAAAAAGCCCCAACCCAUUUGCUAUGAUGGGUUUGAGCCUUCUGGUAGAAUGCACAUUGCCCAGGGUGUUAUGAAGACCAUAAAUGUAAAUAAACUGACUUCGGCUGGUUGCAAGGUCAAAAUAUGGAUUGCUGAUUGGUUUGCCCAGCUAAACAACAAAAUGGGAGGUGAUCUGAAGAAAAUCCAAACAGUAGGGCGUUAUUUUGUUGAGAUAUGGAAGGCGGCUGGCAUGGAUCUCGAUGGAGGUAAAGUAGAAUUUCUGUGGUCUUCUGAGGAAAUUAACUCCAGGGCAGCUGAGUACUGGCCUCUUGUAAUGGACAUUGCUCGUAGGAACAAGCUUCCCAGGAUUUUGAGGUGUGUUCAAAUAAUGGGUCGUAGCGAACAGGACGAGCUGACAGCAGCCCAGAUUCUCUAUCCAUGCAUGCAGUGUGCUGACAUAUUUUUUCUCAAGGCUGACAUUUGUCAGUUGGGCAUGGAUCAGAGGAAAGUGAAUGUUCUUGCACGAGAAUACUGUGAUGACAUCAAGAGGAAAAACAAGCCUAUCAUUUUAUCUCAUCACAUGCUUCCCGGUUUGCAAGAAGGGCAAGAUAAGAUGUCAAAAAGUGACCCAUCUUCUUCCAUCUUUAUGGAGGAUGAAGAGGCAGAAGUAAAUUUGAAGAUAAAGAAAGCAUUCUGUCCGCCGCAGCAGGUUGAGAAGAAUCCUUGUCUGGAAUACCUCAAAUACAUUAUCUUCCCUUGGUUUAAUGAAUUCAAGGUGGAACGGAGUGAAAAGAAUGGUGGAGAAAAGACCUAUGAAAGCUUUGAAAAACUUGUUGCUGAUUAUGAAAGUGGUGAAUUGCAUCCUGGUGACCUGAAACCUGCUUUGUCUAAAGCGAUAAAUAUGAUAUUGAAGCCUGUACGAGAUCACUUCAACAAUGAUGCUAAUGCUAAGGAUCUCUUGAAACGUGUUAAGGGUUAUAGAGUAACACGAUAAGGCAGAAGAGGAUGUUCACUGUUGGAGUGAAUCAUCUUAAGGGGAACUCUCUUGGCGUUUUGAUGCUGUUAUGGAUACACUGGAGACAAUGUCUUGAAUGUUAAAUUUUAAUUUGAGGAACUCAGAAUCAGGUCUGAGUUUAGUUUGUAACAUGAAAACUCCUUACUUUUAUUGCUGUCUAGCAUUCUACUUUGGUAAUUGAAAACAAUAAUUUAUAUGGCCUGGUUAUGUGAAAAUGUUUUUGUCA